AUGUACAGCCCUCUUAAUUCCCACCAAGGUUCAUCUUCAAGUCCUGCUAUGGAGCAAUUAAAUGAAGUAGUAGAUCAAGAACUGGAUAUUGAAGAAAAUCCGGAUGAGAUGACUGAAGAUGAGUUAGAAAUAAUAGAAGAACAUGACAAUGAAGGAGGAGGAGUAGGAGAGCAAAAAGGUGAUGGCGGAAAUGAAGAACCAGCAAUGCCCUUUGAGAAAAAGCAAAGGAAAAAGAAAUCAACGGUGUGGGACGAUAUGAAAAUUGUGAAGUUAGACAAUGGAAUAGAAAAGGUGCAAUGCAAUCAUUGUAAGGAGUUAUUUGCCAAGAGUACAACUGGAGCUACAUCUCAACACAAGCGUCAUCUAAAAGCAUGUUUACAAAAGAAGAUGGCAAUGGGAGAGCAAAAUAGGAUGAAACAGCAAGUGUUGUCUUUCACCGAAGGGCCAUCCGAUGGAAUUACUUCGAUCACAAAUUUUUCAUAUGACCAUGCCAAGGUACGGGAGCUUGCUUCUCAUAUGGUGCUUGCACAUGAAUACGCAUUUUCUAUGAUGGAUCAUGUUGUAUUCAAUAAAUUUAUGAAAGCUGUGUCCCCAUUUUAUAAAAAGAUUACCCGGCAAACUGUCAAAGAGGAUUGCAUUUCCACUUAUCAACUGGAAAAAAGAAAGCUGAAAUCUGUAUUAAAGAGUGCUAGUCGAGUGUUACAAAAACGUGUGUUGAAUUUUUGUAAUGUGCCACCUCCUCAUACGGGAGUAAUUAUUGCUGAUGCUUUGAGUAAAUGUUUUAUUGAUUGGGGGAUCGAGAAUAAAAUUUCCAGCAUCACGGUAGACAAUGCUUCUUAUAAUGAUGCUUGUGUUAGGAGACUUAGGGAGGAUUUUUCUCUAAGAAAGAGGUUAAGUAUUGCUGGAAAAAUUUUUCAUGUGAGGUGUUGUGCACAUAUACUUAAUCUUUUAGUGCAAGAUGGCCUCAAUCAACUAGGUGAUGUGAUUGAUACUGUUAGAGAGGGGAUCAAGUACUUGAACAACUCUGAGGGUCGCCUAAAUCAAUUUGCCAAAAUUGCAAAACAGCUACAGUUGCCCUCUAGGAAAUUGAUUCUAGAUUGUCCAACUAGAUGGAAUAGCACAUAUCUCAUGUUGGCUUCGGCUUUGGAGUUCAAGGACGUUUUCCCGAGAUAUGAGGACAUUGACCCUGGGUUUCACUAUGUUCCAAGUGAUUACGAGUGGUUGCAAGUAGUAGAAGUGUGCCGAUUUUUGGGUAUUUUUCAUGAGAUCACUAACAUGAUUUCUGGAUCCGACUAUCCAACUUCUAACAUCUUUCUUGUGGAGCUUUAUAGGAUUAAAGAGCUUUUAAAUGAAAAAGCUCUUGAUAUUUCUGAUCAAAUUAGGGCCAUGGCUUUGAGCAUGUCAGCAAAAUUUGACAAAUAUUGGGGAGAAACCAAUGUGGUGCUUUCGUUAGGUGCUAUUGUUGAUCCAAUGUACAAAAUGGUACUCAUUUAUCAUGCUUUUCCGAUUAUUUAUGGUGAGGAAGAAGCUGCUGUGAAAAUUGAUGAAAUUAAACAGCUUCUUUAUGAGCUUUACAAUGAAUAUGUUGAUACUCACUUCUCCUCCCAUGCCGGGGAACCACCGAGGCAGUCGGUAAAGCGUAAACAUAAGGAAGUGAGUAGUUCUUCGGCUCAAUCUCAGGGGAAUGUUAAGAAACUUGGACUUCCAAUUCUUACUGGCAAGGAAAAAUUUCAAAUGCAUGUUAGUGAAAUUGACAAGGCGCCACCUGAAAAAUCAGAUUUAGAUAUUUAUUUAGAAGAAGGUAGGUAUGCUUGUGACGCAUCUGCUAAUCUGGAUGUCUUGGGGUGGUGGAAAGGAGAAAGAUGGAGGUUUCCAAUAUUGUCAAGGAUGGCUAGUGACUUACUUUCUAUUCCAGUUACAACUGUGGCUUCUGAAUCUACCUUCAGUACUGGGGGAAGAGUAAUUGAUGAUCGGCGAGCUUCUAUGUCUGUUGAGACAGUGCAAAUGCUACUUUGCGGUAGUAAUUGGAUUCGCAAUCUUCAUGGAAUAAAAACCAAGUCUCGUGAUCAAUCUGAUGUUGCCGAGUCAUCUACGUAUCAUGAAGUUGAGCUUCCUCAAAAUUGA